CAGAGCACAGCUCAGACUCCUCAUCCCGAGCCCUGGUCAUGUGACUCUUCCCAUCGGUUGGGAUUUCUCUCUCGGCAUGGCGGAGAUGAUGGAGCUUGCUCUGCCGUCUAAUACCAUUUGUCUUUUACUGUGAGGAGGACACGGGUAUUUUGCUGUCGGUAAACCGUUCUGCUCCGUUCUUUCCCCCGGUUUCGGGCCAUAAUGGCAGAGUCCGGUGUGGAUGUGUCCGCUCUCCCACAAGAGGUCCGGGAGCAGCUCGCUGAGCUGGAUCUGGAGCUGUCGGAGGGUGACAUCACACAAAAAGGAUACGAGAAGAAGAGGGCCAAAGUUUUAGCACCCUACUUGACACAAACACAAAAUUUGGCUCCGCCUCCGGCCUAUGAUGCACAGUCUCCUGGUCCAAGCUCCGCCUCCGCACCUGAACCUGGCCCUUCGAACUCAUCCUCCUCCUCUUCUCGCCACCGGCGCACACGGCGUCCACACCGGAGCAGUGGGACUAGAGAUGAACGCUACAGAUCAGAUAUCCACACUGAGGCAGUUCAGGCAGCUCUGGCCAAGCAUAAAGAGGAAAAGAUGGCACUGCCCAUGCCAACCAAACGUCGGUCUGCAUAUGUACAGUCACCAAUUGACAACUGCACCCCACCAGACUCCUCCUCUUCCUCUGAUGAUGAGGCCUUGUCAAGUGAAAGUGCAGAGCCUCAGCAAUCUUCAGACACCUGGAUUAAUAGCUCUCUGCAUGGCUCCUCCACCUCCUCCUCUGCCUCCUCCACUCUCUCCCAUGGGGAGUCUCGGCCCACCCAGGCUCCUCAACCUCAGUCUCAGCAGGUCCCACCUCCACCCGCACCUGCCCACCCGCCCCACUCCCACUCCCAGCCCUCCGCCCUGGCAGAGGCCUUCGCUCAGACACGCAUUGUUCUUCAGUCCCACAGCCUUCGCCGCUGCAGAUUUGCGGGCCAGCUGCUGCCCUCUGGUCCUUCACCCCUUCGGCUAUGGCCUGGUUCGCCUCUGUCGCUCCAGCUAACCUUGGCUCUUCCCUCUAGCCCAGCCGCCAUGGAGUGCUGUCCUGGCUGUACCCUGGGUUUCCACCUACCCUUUCCUGUUCAAGACUCCUCCCUGGUCAUCUCCUCCACCUGCACCUCCCUGGAUUUUGCUUGUCGUCCUCCCAGUUGUCCGUCCUCCUCCCGAACCUCCUGCAUUUAUCUGCUGGCAUGCCUGCCUGCCCUUUGCCAUCCGUUCUCCAUCUCCUCAUCGCCUCAUCCUUCUAUCUACGAUGCGAGGUUGAGUAUCGUUCAGUUUAUAAUACGUUCUUACAUACGAUCUAGUCAUGAUUUACGAAUGCCCAGGUCAGUUGAAAGUGUCCGUGAGUGUGUGUUUGUUCGUCUGUCUCAUCCCACCCUGCCUGCCCACGUUCCUGGUGUAGGUGUUCCUGUGUCCAGUCGUGUGUCCACGAAGAUUCAGCAGCUGCUAAACACGCUAAAACGCCCCAAACGCCCACCACUCAGCGAGUUCUUCAUGGAUGACCAAGAGGAGAUCGUAGAAGUUCCUCAGGCAGAUCCUAACACCCCGAAGCCAGAAGGCCGGCAGAUAAUCCCAGUGAAGGGGGAGCCGUUGGGUGUGGUCAGUAACUGGCCUCCUGCUCUUCAGGCAGCAUUAACUCGAUGGGGUGCCACACAAGGCAAAAGCCCGGCCCUCACAGCACUGGAUAUCACAGGAAAACCACUUUAUACACUUACGUAUGGGAAACUGUGGAGUCGUAGCAUAAAGCUGGCCUACACUCUCCUCAACAAGCUGGGAAGCAAAAAUGAGCAGAUCCUCAAACCAGGAGACCGGGUGGCGUUGGUGUAUCCUAACAGUGACCCUGCUAUGUUCUGGGUUGCGUUUUAUGGCUGUCUGUUGGCUGAAGUCAUUCCUGUGCCCAUAGAGGUUCCUUUAUCCCGAAAGGAUGCUGGGAGCAGCCAGGUUGGUUUUUUGUUGGGUAGCUGUGGGGUGGGUCUGGCUUUGACCAGUGAGAUCUGUUUGAAGGGUUUACCCAAGACCCCCACUGGAGAAAUAUUGCAGUUUAAAGGCUGGCCCAGGUUAAAGUGGGUGGUGACGGAUUCCAAAUACCUCACAAAGCCUUCGAAAGACUGGCAGCCUCACAUACCAACAGCCAACACAGACACGGCAUACAUAGAGUAUAAAGCCAGUAAAGAGGGCACAGUGAUGGGUGUUGCGGUUUCAAAAGUUGCCAUGUUAACACAUUGCCAGGCUCUCACUCAGGCCUGUAACUACUGUGAGGGUGAAACGAUGGUGAAUGUUUUGGACUUUAAGAAGGAUAUGGGUUUGUGGCAUGGAGUUCUCACGAGUGUUAUGAACCGAAUCCACACCAUCACUGUGCCAUAUGCAGUAAUGAAAGCCUGUCCACAGUCUUGGGUACAGCGAGUACACAUACACAAAGCACGGGUUGCCCUGGUUAAGUGUCGUGACCUGCAUUGGGCAAUGAUGGCUCACAGAGAUCAGAGAGAAACCAGUCUGGCCUCCUUGCGCAUGCUAAUUGUUGCUGAUGGAGCCAAUCCUUGGUCAGUUUCAUCAUGUGAUGCAUUUUUAAACGUAUUCAAGGCUCAUGGUUUGAAGCCAGAGGUCAUUUGCCCAUGUGCUACAUCACCUGAGGCCAUGACUGUUGCCAUACGGAGGCCUGGGGUCGCUGGUGCUCCUCUUCCAGCAAGAGCCGUCCUGUCCAUGACUGGGCUGAGCCACGGGGUCAUCAGGGUCAACACUGAAGACAAGAACUCUGCUCUCACCGUCCAGGAUGUGGGACACGUCAUGCCCGGAGCAUUGAUGUGCAUUGUGAAACCGGAUGGACCGCCCAUGCUCUGUAAAACGGACGAGAUUGGAGAAAUCGUUGUGAACUCUCGUGCUGGUGGGAACAUGUACUAUGGCCUGUCUGGAGUCACUAAAAACACCUUUGAGGUUAUCCCAGUCAACGCUAGUGGCACUCCAAUUGGUGAAAUCCCAUUUGUGCGGUCAGGAUUACUGGGGUUUAUUGGACCGGGUAGUCUGAUAUUUGUGGUGGGUAAGAAUGAGGGCUUGCUAAUGGUUAGUGGUCGUCGUCACAAUGCUGAUGAUCUGGUAGCGACUGCACUAGCUGUGGAACCAGUCAAAACUGUGUACAGAGGAAGGAUUGCUGUGUUCUCAGUGACUGUGUUCUUUGAUGAGAGGAUAGUUAUUGUAGCAGAGCAGAGGCCUGAUGCCAGUGAAGAAGACAGCUUCCAGUGGAUGAGUCGGGUUCUUCAGGCAAUUGACAGUAUUCAUCAGGUGGGAUUGUAUUGUCUUGCACUGGUUCCUGCAAACACCCUGCCCAAAACUCCCCUAGGGGGCAUUCACAUCUCAGACACCAAGCAACUCUUCCUGGAGGGGGCAUUGCACCCCUGCAACAUCCUCAUGUGCCCCCACACCUGCGUCACCAACAUGCCCAAGCCACGUCAGAAACAACCAGUUGGUGUCGGCCCUGCCUCCAUCAUGGUGGGUAAUUUGGUUGCUGGGAAAAGAAUUGCACAGGCUGCAGGCAGAGAUCUGGGACUCAUAGAAGACCAAGACCUGGUCAGGAAGCAUCAGUUCCUUGCAGAUUCUUUACAGUGGAGAGCACAAACCGAUCCUGACCAUACGCUUUAUGUACUUUUGAAUGCAAAGGGAGUGGCAGUAUGUACAGCUACAUGUGUUCAGCUUCAUAAAAGAGCAGAGAAGAUAGCCGCUGCUCUUAUGGAGAGAAGUGGUAUUAACAUCGGAGAGAAUGUGGUGCUUUUGUAUCCACCAGGUAUAGAUCUGAUCGCAGCAUUUUAUGGCUGUUUGUAUGCUGGUUGCAUUCCUGUCACCGUGAGACCUCCACACCCACAGAACCUCUCUGCCACUCUGCCCACUGUCCGCAUGAUCAUCGAUGUCAGCAAGGCUGCUUGCAUUCUCACUACUCAGGUUUUAACGAAGAUUCUCAGAUCUAAAGAAGCAGCAGCUACAGUCAACAUAAAAACAUGGCCCAUCAUAAUAGACACAGAUGACUUGCCUCGCAAACGACCUCCCACAAUCUACAAACCGCCCAAUGCUGAGAUGAUUGCCUAUAUGGACUUCAGUGUCUCAACCACAGGCAUGCUGACAGGAGUGAAGAUCUCUCAUGCGGCGGUGAGCGCUCUCUGUCGAUCUAUAAAGCUGCAGUGUGAGCUGUACUCCUCUCGCCAGAUCGCCAUCUGCCUCGACCCCUACUGUGGACUUGGUUUUGUGCUCUGGUGCCUUGCGAGUGUAUACUCAGGUCAUCAGUCCAUCUUGAUUCCUCCUAUGGAGCUGGAGAGCUCACUAACCCUGUGGCUGGGCACGCUCAGUCAGUACCGCAUCAGAGACACCUUCUGCUCCUAUUCUGUCAUGGAGCUCUGCACCAAGGGCCUAGGCGGACAGACAGACAUACUGAAGGCACGUGGUGUGAACCUGUCGUGUGUGAGGAGCUGUGUGGUGGUUGCUGAGGAGCGUCCACGCUUGGCUCUUACACACUCCUUCUCCAAACUGUUCAAAGACAUUGGACUCUCCAUGCGGGCUGUCAGCACCGCUUUUGGGUCGAGAGUAAACCUGGCCAUCUGCCUACAGGGCACCACUGGACCAGACCCCUCAACUGUGUAUGUGGACAUGAAGUCCCUCCGACAUGACCGGGUGAGGUUAGUAGAGCGAGGAGCACCUCAGUCUCUUCCUCUCAUGGAGUCUGGAACAAUUCUUCCUGGGGUGAGGGUGAUCAUAGUCAAUCCAGAAACUAGAGGACCGCUUGGGGACUCUCACCUGGGAGAGAUUUGGGUAAAUAGUCCACACAGUGCAACAGGAUACUACACUAUAUACGGAGAGGAAAAUCUGCAGGCUGACCACUUCAACACUAAGCUGAGUUUUGGAGAUCCUCAAACGCUCUGGGCCAGAACUGGAUACCUGGGCUUUGUCAAGAGAACUGAACUCACGGACUCCAGUGGAGACCGCCAUGAUGCUCUGUUUGUGGUGGGCUCUCUGGAUGAGACUUUAGAAUUGAGAGGUUUGCGAUAUCAUCCAAUUGACAUCGAGACCAGUGUAUCACGCGCCCAUCGCAGCAUUGGUGAAAGUGCCGUGUUCACCUGGACAAAUCUGCUGGUGGUGGUGGCUGAACUCUGCGGAUCAGAGCAGGAUGCUUUAGACCUGAUUCCGCUGGUAACCAAUGUGGUAUUAGAGGAGCACCAUCUGAUUGUGGGUGUAGUGGUUAUCGUUGACCCUGGGGUCAUCCCCAUAAACUCCAGAGGAGAAAAGCAGAGAAUGCACUUGAGAGACUCCUUCUUGGCAGAUCAGUUGGAUCCCAUUUACGUAGCAUACAACAUGUGAGCAGGGUUAUGGGCAAGACAAAGGCUUACUAGAAAGUUGCUAUGGAGCCUGGCCUCACAACUGGGAUUGGGUUCAAAUACAGGCAGACUUGGCCCUGUUUUUCAGGGAUGAGGUGUCAAUGGACAAAAAAUACAAAAGUUUUGGAGAAGAGAUACUGUAAUAGAUUUUCCCUUUUUUCUCACGUCCUUCUCCCCCAGAAACCCCUUUAUCUGCAAAAUGCCACUUACUGUCUGUCCAGUUCUUGGUCGUGAUUUAAAUUUACUUGAAUUACCUAACUGUUUUUUCUACUCAAACGCAUUCCUUUCUAGCACUAACUAACUAGUGUUUUGUUUUUUGUUUUGUUUUUUAUUAAAAGGAGCUCAAAGCUUCAGUUUGUACGUUUUCGCCUGGGUUGUUAGAUUCCAAAAUAUUUUGUUCUGAUUCCAAGUUUUUGGAAUCAAUGGAAACGAUUUCAGGACACAAUACUCAAAAUAACUUAGUGAAAAAAGGGAGACAAAGUGAAAUAUUAAACAAAAAGUGCAAUAUGAACUGUAAUUUAUACUAUUAUGAUUGAUCAAAUAAAUGAUAGGAGGUCUUGAUGGAUGGAUGGAUGGACUACAAUAGACGUGAGUCACAUUGAUCAGUCAAGUAUUUAUAUAGGUUUAGCAUUAUAAAUUCUGUAUCUUAGUUUUAAAUUAGUUUUGUUGCAACUCUUUUGGGAUGUUUAGUAGUGUGGCAAUUUAGUAAUUGAACGGACUAGGAAUGGAAGAUUAAUUCCUUUUAGGAUCUAGCAUUUCUAUAUACACAGAAUUGAUCUGCAACCCAGCUUAUAACACAGGGACGGUCCCUCCAGAGCAACCUGGGGUUAAGUGCCUUUCUCAAGGGCAGUAUUGAUUAUAGGACAUUUCCUUAAUGCUUCAGUUCAUAGAAUGCCCUUACCCAAGUUAAAACCCAGUUU